AUGGAGAUCUGGCCAACCCUACCAGCUCGAAGCGGAGGAAAUAAAACACCAGUUGUUACAUGGACAACUUCGACUCAUAUGCAGAAGGAUCUAAAUUCAAAAGGACCAGAACAAAAGCAGAUUCAAGCUGUACAUCUGAACUCGAAGACUGUUCAAAGUGGAAACGCCAAUGAAACAGUAACUCAAAAUGGAGGUGCACAGCGGAAAUUACAGUUGGAAUCAGAACAAAAAGUAGAAAGGACAUGGUCGAUGCUGUUUGAAGAGAACAAAUUGGCAAAACGAGGUAUGGAUCUGAAUUUUGUACCGCCUACACUCGUUGAGGGAGAGGUGAUUGUAGAAUUGGUGCAAGAGGAUAUUGAUAGUGAAAUACACAAAUGGAAAUAUGCGGCAAUAGUGUAUGUUAUAGGUGGAUCACCUUCUAUUUGGGCUCUGGAAAGAUUUGUAGCAGGACAGGGAAAUUUCUCAACAAAACCAAAAAUAUACUAUCAUAAUGCUGGGUAUUUUAUGAUUAAGUUCUCAUGCUUGGAGGAGAGGGAUAUGGUGAUGUACUCAGGGCCUCAUAUGCUCAACAAUCGACCAGUUAUUAUGAAGGCAUGGACUGCUGAUUUUGACUUUGAUGCUGAGGAUUUGAAGACAAUUCCCAUUUGGAUCAAAUUGCCUAACUUACCUCUAAGUUGCUGGAGUGCUAGUGCAUUGAGUAAAAUUGGUAGUGGUUUAGGCCAACCAAUAUAUGCUGAUGCUUGUACUUCAAAUGCUGAGAGAAUUUCAUAUGCAAGGAUUCUGGUGGAAGUUGAUGUUACUAAGGAGCUUCCAACUGUUAUUAAAUGA